AUGGGUCAGAUCGAAAUCUACGAAGGCAACCGGACUAUUGGCAACGACGAAACAGCGACCAAAGAACAGAAUGAAAUUGACAGCGAGAAGAUCAAGCUUCUUAACGGAGUUGCCGUGUUCCAGGAGAAGCUUAAGGAGUGGAACAUCCCGCUGCAAUCCAUACUCUCACCAUACGCUCAGCAGACUUUCAACGACAUCGUGAACUCCAGCGAAGAGAGCAAGCAGAGAUGGAAGUCCGUCGUUGACGAACUCAACAAGCCCACAAAAGACCAAGAGGAGGUCUGGGAGCUGGCGGGCCCAGGCAUUCGAGAAAUCUUCAAAACUUACUACGAGUCAGACGUGGUGAACGAAGCAAAUAUCCAGAAGGUCGAUAGUACUUUCAACGAGUUAGUCCAGUAUCACGAACGGAUGGAAGCCAGUAACAUAGAGAAGCUGAUCCCAGAGACCCAGAACGCUCUUCCUAUGAAUAUUUUGUUUGAGAUGGUGAAGGAAUGGAAGGCUCAUAACAAGGAAAACAUAGAGGACGGGGCAGCGGCACUGUCGAAAGCCCUUAUCCCACAGCCACUAGCUAAAAAUCUCAUGUUGGGUACCGAGAAGGAGGACCAGUUGAUAGUCGCAAAGCUGCUUGGAUCUCCCCAGUCACCAACCGUUCAGGAACAAAGUAACUCGCCGCUUCUGUUUACCUCCAAUCAAGCCAGUAAGGGCAAGUCAAAGGCAGCAAAUCCACCGCUCAGCUCAACUAGUACUGGCUCGAAGACUAGUCGUUCUACACCAGAAAGCUUGCAGUCACUUCGCCAGGAGCUUGCUGAUGAUGAUGUAAUCGAAAUGUUCGAGUAUCAAAACGGGGUCACAGAGUUUGGGCCCGUGGUUGCAAUCCGUCCUUGUCAAACAGACAACUUAAGGUUCACACGAUUUAUCAUCAUCAAGGGCACAGAACUAUGUCCUGGUGGAGCAGAAGCUCUCUCGGAUAAGAACAAGGAAACCAACUUUAACUGCAGGGAGCGAAAGCAGCGUAUGAAGAGUACUCCUGGCUACCUAAAAACAAUUGGACCAUGUGCUGUAAUGCCUCGUUCUGAAGGCUACGCCCCACGCUCUGGGUCGAAGCCUCGCAGACCAGAUACCUACAUUCGGGUGAUGUACAAGGACGACAAAGAAGAGUGGCUUACAAGGACGGAAUACGUCCAGCUUGUAGGCCAAAGCUGUGCGGAACGUCACCUAAAAGCGCUCGUUGCAAAAUACGAAACACGGUCGAAGUACAUGGAUGGAUGCAAAAAAGCAGGACGACAUCCAGGUACAGGACUAUCGCUCACCCAAAAGGAUCGAGAAGAAGCAGCCUGGUUAUUUCCGGAUGUGCAUAGCAUUAAAAUGGCUUCUGGCAAGGAUGCCGACGACGAUGCCGACGACGAUACCGACAUGGGCUUCUCGGAGCCUGCUAUGGAUGAUGGUGACGGACCAUCAACCUCCCAUACCAAUGUGCUUGAUAAGAAGCAGGCUGUCUACAAAUAG